AUGGCAGCUUGCGGCGACAUGUGCACGGUCGACUGGUUCCUGAAGAUUAAAAAACGGAUUCUACCACGGGACUUGCGCGAGACGAGGUCGGAUCCUGGCGAUCUGUUGUACCCCGAGCCCUCGCUCCACGGCCACGUCGCGGGGCAGACGGUGCACUGGGCCCUCAGGGGCGCCAGCUACGGCAUGAGGGGGGCCGUCGUCCGCGGGGGCGGCGCGCGCACGGAACCUUGCUUGGUGGUGUCCUUCCAGGGCGAUGACUACCACGUCAAGCUGUGCGCCGUGUCCACCCGCCGCCAAGUCAAGAAGCGCCAGCCUCGCGGGCCACGCAAGGGGAACACAUUGCACGGCAUGAAGGGCGUGGUCGUUGGCGAGAGCGAUGCCUUCUCGGAGCCGUCCUUGCUCGUGGCGUUCAAGGGCGCAGAUUACCACGUCAAGGUCAACGCCAUAGCCACAAGGAGCCCGAAGAAUGGAGUCCGCGCGACGCCGCCCUUCAAACAAGCCAACGCCAGCCAUGCUGCCCCCGCUGACUGGGGCGAGGAGAUCGACGACGCCUCGCCGCAGGUUGUCGACGUCGGCGGCGUGCCCAGUGCUGGUCGGGAAGGGCGACGCGCGGCAGUGGGCCCGGCGCUGCCCUGCAUCACGAUCGGCGCCCGGCUACUCUUCGCGGCGCUGCUCAACGCCGCAUGCGGGCCCAUUUGCAUUCGCAAGGCGCUGAAGCACGUUCAGAGGCCAGAUCAUGAUGCGGGCCCAGAUAAAUACUUGGUGCACGUCUUCUUUCACUUCGUUGCCGUGAAAGUAUUCGAGGACGGGUACGACGUCAUCGAUGGCGACCAGCGGUGCCAGUUCGACGGCCCGAUCAGCUCUCUCGAAACAUUCUUGGGAUCAGAUGCCACUUGGUACCGCGUCGUCGACAUCGGGGAGAUCUCAGACCAAGGCGAUGUAACGGAUACAGAAUCAGACUCGGAUAGGCGCGCGUUUGGCGCUAUGUUGCAGCGCUUGGACGAUGCCGAGGAAGCGUUCGACAAUGGAGAAGCUUCGCCACGUUCAAUUGACAUUGACACAUUGAUCGACGUACAUGCUUUUGAUGCUUACUUGAGGCGCCUAUACCUCGUCGAGGAAGCUUCGAGUCAUUCAGGAGACAGCGAUCUAGAUGUUGAACCUUUUGAUGCGCUGCCGCAGGAUGAUGACUUGUUUCAUCCUCGGCCGAACCGCGUUCCCGACAUGGUAGCCUUCCUCGACGUCGCUGGAUCUGAUGGAGAGAGUACCAGAGACGGCGACGCCAUUCUGGAGUACACCGCCGAUGGGACAUCUUCGACGGCGCCAUCCGUGGAUACUCUGGGCGGCAUGGACUCUGUCGAAUUGCACACGGCGGAGACUAAGCGGCGGAUUCUCGACAAGUGGGAGCCAGAGAAGUUCAGGCGUCUCCAGGCGCGCUCAGGGCCUACGUUGGUGUCUGAUGUAGAGCCCGCGAAAUUCGACGUCAGGGCAGCGGUGUCGCAAGUGAUUAACAAGACGAACGAAUUGUUGCAGGCGUGGGACCCGCAGCCAGCGGGCCUUGAAUACUUCUGCUUAAGAGUAAUAGCGAUGUGCGUUAUGGAGCGGCUGCACUGGAACCCUACCAACGAUCUCCUCAUUGCGCGAAUCGCUGCCUUGGCACUUGACGACACCAUUGCGCACCCAGACGGCGUAUAUUUAUACCGGCAGGGGUCGUUCGGGCGAGUGGAAGAUCUUCCCACGGCGUACAUGUACAAGAUUGAACGGGUGUUGUCCGUUACACAAAUUGUUCUACUUCGCAUCAUGAACGGGCAGGUCCCGCGCGACUUAGUUAACGUGUUUCAGUUCCUGGAGAGCGAUGCUGGGAAUUGGGAAGUAGCUCAACUUGUGUGCUCAUCAGAUCUACAAGUGAAGAAGGAACAAGUUGCUGAUUGGGCGUUCGACGCCUGCAGGGGUUGCCAGCAAGUCAUUUGUCGAUUCACGGGCAAGGGCCAAUCUGAGAAGCUCGUGGAUCUACUCGGCGCCUGGUUUCAU